AUGUGCAUCAAUCCUCCCUUUUUUGAAGUGAGCCAAGUCUUGCUUAGUCCAACUCGACAUCAUGUGGCUCUCGUUGGAAAGCGAGGUGUCUCCGUGCUGGAGCUUCCGCAGAGAUGGGGUAAAAAGUCUGAGUUUGAAGGAGGAAAGAGCGUGAUAAACUGCAGAACCAUCCCAGUGGCUGAGCGCUUCUUCACCAGCUCUCCUUCUGUGAAUCUACGACAGGCAGCAUGGUUCCCCACCGAGACUGGAGAGCCCUACUUGGCGUUACUUAUGUCAGACAACACUAUGAGAUUUUACAGCUUGAACUCCCCUCAGACGCCAGCUAAAGUCCUCUCACUGUCGCAGUCUGAAGAUGACAGCUCUGCCCAUCAGCCUGCGCGCUCCUUCGCUGCAUCUCUUGGGGAAAUAGCUGUUGCGUUUGACUUCGGUCCAGUUUGCUCAACUCCCCGAAAACUGGCGUCCCAGCGCUCCAAAGAUCACCCCCUCUACCCCCUGUAUGUCCUCUAUGAAAACGGAGAGACUUACGUGAGCUACGCGAGCCAAAGCAACGCGAUCACUCUCAGCAAGCUGGUUGGGCCUCUACCUAUGUACCCUGCGGCGGAGGAUAACUAUGGAUAUGACGCCUGUGCCAUCCUGUGUCUUCCAUGUGAGCCCAGCAUCUUGAUCAUUGCCACAGAAACUGGCAUUUUGUAUCACUGUGUGCUGCUGGAGUCUGAAGAAGAGGAAGAGUCUGCUGAAAAGUGGCUUGACAGCUCGGAGGCAAUACCAGCGCUAUAUGUGUUUGAGUGUGUGGAGUUGGAGCUCACUCUGAAAGUGGCUACAGGAGAGGACGAAGAGCCCCAAGAGUUUGAUUUCACUUGCCCCAUUCGCUUGCACAGAGAUCCACUGUGCCAGCAUAGGUAUCACUGCACCCACGAGGCCGGGGUGCACAGUGUGGGGCUCAUCUGGAUUAACAAGCUGCAAAAGUUUCUACGGGCAGGUGAAGAGGACAAGGAUUGUCUUCAGGAGCUGUCAGCUGAGAAGCGCUGCAUUGUAGAGCACAUCCUUUGUACAAGACCACUCUCAACAAGCGAGUCUGCGCCUGUGCGUGGUUUUGUGAUUUUGUCAGACCUCUCUCUUGGAGCCACUAUGAUCUGCAUCACAAACAGCUAUGAGUGUAUCCUCUUGCCCCUCCUGAGUUCCAUCCGCCCUUCCUCUCCUCCCCUCCUCUGUUCCCAUCCUGGACCAGGCUUGGGCAGUUCACCCCUUCGUGCAGUUGCUGAUGACUCCUUUGAGCAACAUAUUCGUAAUAUAUUGAUGCGUAGCUCAACCAAUCCACUUGUUUUAAAAGCUGGGGACAAAGAUACAUCCCCUCCACCUCAGGAGUGCCUCCAACUCCUCAGCAGAGCUACCCAGGUUUUCAGAGAGGAGUACAUCCUGAAGCAGGACAUGGCCCGUGAAGAGCUGCAAAAGAGAGUGAAGCUGCUUACAGGUCAGAAGAACAAGCAGCUGGAGGAGCUGGUUCUGUGCAGAGAGGAGAAGAAGAGUCUCAGGGAGACUGCAGAGAGGUUGGCUGACAAGUACGAGGACGCAAAGUAUCGCCAGGAGACAAUAAUGAACCGAGCUAAAAAGGUGCUUGGUAGCCUUCAAAACCAACUGCCAAUUUUGUCAAGUAGUGAAAAAGACAUGAAAAAAGAGCUCCAGUCCAUCAGUGAUCAACUGAAAAAUCUGGACAACAGCAUCAAACAGGUGAACAUGAAGAUGGAGUACCAGAAGACUCAAGUUGGCAAAGAUCAAGCUGCGGAGAAGACGCCAGUGCAGCUGAACGCGCAGCAGAAGAAAGUGGUGCAGAAUGUUCUCAAAGAACAUGGGCAGCAGAUCGGAGACAUGAUGAAGCAAAUCAAAGACAUGAAAAAUCAUUUCAGUUUCUAA